AUGUUGUCCACAGAAGUGGUGGUCCUCAGAGCCGUGAGAGGUCAUGACGCGCGGCUCCCCUGCGGCCAAGGCAAGGUGUUUCUAGACGGGCCUGACGCUUACGUGCUGUGGCUCAAGAACGAGAGGGAAUUCCUCUACCGCUUCCCUAAUGAGGAGACUCAACGAAGAUCACUUUCACUAGACCAAGUGUUCGGCACCACGUGCAUCGCGGGCGCCUGCCACGACGACACCUCUCUCCUUCUAAAGCGCGUGAGCGACAGAGACAGCGGCGUUUAUCGCUGCCGCGUGCACUAUCAGGCUUCGCCGUCGGUGGACUAUGUCAUCGAUAUAAGACUGGUUGAUUCUCCGGGUACCCCGCAGAUCUACAAUGACGCUGGUGAACCACUUCAGAGAGGUCACAUCCAGCACAUCAGCCUCGGAACCAACUUCACUCUCACCUGCGAAGUUGCUGAUGAACAGCCUGACACUCUCCUCUUCUGGCGUCGCAACGGCAUCGUGAUCGAGCGUGCGGAGGCGUCGCGCCCGCGCACGCUACGCGCUACAGUUAGCGUGACCAACGCGACGCGCGCCGAGCUAGACGCGCACUACGAGUGCCUCGCGCAGAACGCCGACGUCACUGAACCGCUGAGCGCGAGCGUGCUGGUCACUAUGUAUUUGCCUCCUCUAAGCGUGGAGAUACGCUUAAACAACAAUGUAGAUUUUGAAGCCGGCCAACCCCGGGUGGUGGACUGUGUGGUGGUCGGCUGCGUGCCUCCCCCCUCCAUCACCUGGCACCUGGGGGACACGCUGCUGAGACCGAGCGUGCAUAAGGAACUCCACGACGGCAAUUACACAGUAUCCUCAUUGACACUAGCGCCAUCUCUCCGCGACGGCGGGCGCGAGCUCGCGUGCCGCGCCCACAACUCCCAUCUCCCCGGGCUGGUGUUCCAGGACGAGGUCACCCUGAACGUGGGCUAUCGUCCAGUGUGCCUGUCAAGUGGCGAGGAGACCAUCGGUGCCGUGCCUGGGGAGGCCGAGACAGUAACUUGCGUGGUGGAGGCGGCGCCGGAGCCCCUGCAGUUCAGCUGGACCUUCGCGGACUCGCGCACCCUGUACACCAGCGUUAAGAAAUUGUCAGGCCACCAUCACCGAUACAGCUCAACGCUCACCUGGCUGCCGCGAGCCGGCGACUACGGCGCGCUGCUCUGCCGAGCGACGAACUCGUUCGGCGAGCAGAAGCGCGCGUGCGCGUACGUGGUGGCGCGGGGCGGCGCGCCGCGGGCGCCGCGGUGCCUGGUCAGGGAGGUGGGGACUCUGAGGAUUCAGUGCAAGAAAGAUUGGGACGGCGGCCGGCCCCAAACCGUCCACCUUGUGGUCCGCGAUGCCACCGGCACGGUGGUCACCAACGCUUCCGACGCCGCGGGCCACUUCCAGCUAGCGUUGGCCGGGCGCAACCUGAGUGCGGUGGUGUACGCGAGCAACAGUAGGGGCCGGAGCGAGGAGGUGGAGUUACAGAUGCAGAAUACGCCGACGAGCGCUUUUGCAGUGAUAGAGCCUACACCGGUCCGCGGUUGGGCACGUUGGCUCGAGGUGUCAGCUAUAGUUGUCGUUGCCACGGUCGCUAUAGCGGCGACAACGCUCUGCGUGCGCGCGGUGCGAGCGAGGAGACACACGGACAACCCUGAUCUGGUGCCGAGGGCGGAUGGAACGUUCCAUCGCGAGCCAGACUUCGUGAGCGGCGAGCGGGUCCUCGGCACGACCAACAUCACCGUCAACCAGCUGGCUUCGUGUCAGAAUCAGUACUCGUCAUCGCCAGUGCCCUCCUGCCGAGUGUUGGUGGGGUGUCCCCACCCCCCACCAGACACGUGUCCUGCCCCGCAACAUUCAUACUACGUAUAA